AUGGCUCCUGUUUCAAUGCCUCCGGGUUUUCGGUUUCAUCCAACAGAUGAAGAGCUUGUCAUUUACUACCUCAAACGAAAGAUUAAUGGUCGAACAAUCGAAUUAGAGAUCAUUCCCGAGAUUGAUCUUUACAAAUGCGAGCCUUGGGACUUACCCGGGAAGUCCUUGCUCCCAAGUAAAGACCUAGAAUGGUUCUUUUUCAGUCCUCGAGAUCGGAAAUAUCCUAACGGAUCAAGAACAAACCGGGCGACAAAAGCAGGUUACUGGAAAGCCACAGGGAAAGAUCGUAAAGUUACUUCACAUUCGCGGACUGUCGGAACAAAGAAAACGUUAGUUUACUAUCGAGGAAGAGCGCCUCAUGGCUCUCGUACCGAUUGGGUCAUGCACGAGUACCGUCUUGAAGAGCAAGAAUGUGACUCUAAAUCCGGCAUACAGGAUGCUUAUGCACUUUGUCGUGUAUUCAAGAAGAGUGCUUUAGCCAACAAGUUAGAUGAACAACAACAUCAUGUCACGAAGAGGAACAAAGCAACGACUAAUAGUGAACAAUCUACUUCUAGUACUUGUUUGUAUUCCGAUGGAAUGUAUGAAAACCUAGAAUAUGCAGUCUCACCUGAUCCAGAACCAAAUCAACUCGGUAACAUUUCUUCGUCGGGUAUGGAAAAGAUAGAGAACAAGUGGAGUCAGUUUAUGUCACAUGACACGCCCUUAAACUUUCCAGUCCAGUCACAGUUUUGUUCUCAGUAUGGAUCAAUAUCAUAUCCUCCCUCAAAGGUAGAGAUAGCUUUAGAGUGUGCAAGAGUACAAAAUCGUAUGUUGCCACCGGUGCCUCCACUUCACGGAGAAGAAUUCACACAUGGCGAAUACUUGGGAAACAAUGUGGCUAAUGAUACAGAUGAGAUGCUGAGCAAGAUCAUAGCAUUGGCUCAAGCCUCCCACGAGCCACAGAACUGUCUAGACUCGUGGGAAGUUGCUUCUGGUUCUGCAUACUUCCAUGGAGACUUUAACUAUUCAGGAGAAAAAACGACAGGUUCAUGGGUAGAUGCUAACAUGAAGGCUGUAGAUAUGCAAGAACAUGUUGGGAGGUUUAAGGAAGAAAGACGUGUUGAGAACUUGAGAUGGGUAGGAGUAUCAAGUAAGGAAUUAGAAAAGAGUUUCAUUGAAGAACACUCAACGGUAGUUCCUAUAGAAGAUAUUUGGAGCUAUCGUAGGGAUGAUCCAGAACAUGAACAUCAAGAUGGUGUGGGAGUUAACAACAAUGGAGAUGUGGAUGAUGUUUACACACUUGAGUUCUCCGAUAACGAACACAUCGGGAAUAUUUCGGACAAGAUAAACAGCAGUGACCAUGACACAACGAGUUCGUCACAUUUUGAGAUGAUUAAGAAAGUUGAGGUUAGUCAUGGACUGUUUGUUACAACUCGUCAGGUAACCAACACAUUCUUCCAACAGAUCGUACCAUCUCAAACCGUUAUAGUUUACAUAAAUCCAACUGGUGAAAACAAAUAUUUUAACGAGAUGACAUCAAAGGAAGAGGUUCAUGUCCUUAAGCAGCAGAUUAAUCCGCAAAUCGAAAGCAUAGUCUCAAAAAUUCUUGGACCAUGGAGAAAAUUCGUGUAUGUUAUUGGUUUCAUUCCUAUGCUUCUAUUGAUGCGGUGUGUUCAUCAAAGAGAUGACUCUAAGAAAAACCGAAGCAGCGAAGGUGAUUGUAUCGACCGGGGGACAAUAUUUAUGAUGAAAAAUGCUGUAGUAAGAAGAAAGUUUUGGAAUAAGAAGGAAGAUAAUGGGAUCGUUGAUGUACAAGGUUUGAGAGUUCAAGAUAGUUUCAUGUUGAAGAAGUUGGGCCUUUCUCUUGCUAUUAUCUUAGCUGUUUCCACCAUGUGUCUUAUUUAAUAUGUUGGAAGUUCAAUAUUUCCUAUGGCUUUGCACUUUUUCUAUUGUACUCUUAUUUGUCUAGGAGGGGUUUUCGUUUCUUUUGCUUUUUUUUUUCCAUUUCCUAAACUAAACUAAAUU